AUGGGUGCAUUUUGUUCUAAACCGGAGGAAAUCGAUUUUGGUGGUCCGGUGGAUCUUUGGCAUUUUUACCUUUUGAGAUUGUUAGAAGAGAUUCAUCCACCUUUUGUUUGUAAUCUAGCUUAUGCAUUUCAAGAUGAUGAUAAUCUCGGUCUCGGAUCUUAUGCUAGGUGGCGAUUCAAAUUGAAUUUAGAUCGUGCUGGGUUUUUGAAAGAAGAGGUGGUCAAGUUUUAUGUUUGUGAAAUGGUACUUGCUCUUGGUUAUUUACAUUUGAAGGGGAUCGUACAUCGUGAUCUUAAACUCAAUAACAUUCUUCUUGACAAACGGGGUAAACGUGGUUAUACCUCUACCAUAGAUUGGUGGUCACUUGGAGUGGUGACCUUUGAACUUGUGUUUGGUAAACGACUGUUCAGAGUUAAAACCAAUUCAACCUUGACCACUGCGAUUUCAAGAGAAGAAUCCAGAUUUCCAGAAACUUUACCUCAAGUGAUUGGACCUGAAGCGUUGAAUUUCUUUAAAAAGGUUUUGGAUGUAAGAGAUGGAGGUAUCGAAAAGUUUAAAUCACACAAUUGGUUUAGAGGAUUAGAUUGGGAUGGGAUUAAUUCACUUCAAGCAACUCCACCUUUUGAACCUGAUCCUAAAUAG